AUGGCCUUCGAGGAGGGUGAGAAUAUGAAUGGGAAGACUAAACCACAAGGGCCAUACAGCGCUGCGCAAUUCAGCGAAGUAUCAACAAAUAUCCGACAGUAUGGUAUACCUGUUCGUACAAGGACACCUUCAUUGAAAGUUCCAUUGUGUGGAGAGAGUGAUAUACUGAAAACUUAUGGUCUUGAGGCAGCUAGUCUUGAGGUGGAUGAUCUACAAGCUCUUCUGCCAGUGAUUGUGUACCAUUCUCAAAAUAAAAUAAGUUGUAAUCAGGAAGCUUCUGAUGCUCAAGCUAAAAUGAAACCUAAGUCUGCAGAAGUAUGGGGCUAUGGGCUUCUGUUUGUGACGCUCAUCUCUGGGUGUUCCCUGGCUGGGGUUUCGGUGUUGCCGCUGAUGGCACAUCAGUUUUACCAGCAACUGUUGACAGUUAUGAUUGGCCUGGCUAUGGGGUCUCUGGCUGCUUCAUCCCUCUUCCAUCUCAUUCCUCAG